AUGUCAGACCCCGUCAAAGACGACGACGAUAUAAUUGAGCGCCAUGUCCCCCCGCAGGAUCAGCAGGAAAAAACGCGUGUCGUGUCCUCCUCGAGCAAGGAAGAAAUAGUUGAUGAUGGGCCAUCUGCUUUGGUGAGCAGGUCGCGCCAGAGCUUGUCGGAUUUUUUCACUAUUUUUGCGUCGGGUUUCGCUUUGAUCUCGGAUGGAUAUCAAAAUAAUCUAAUGACAAUGACAAACGUCUUGCUCAAAAAAGAGUAUCCGCAGCAAUACGCCUCGACUGUGAGCACGCGCGUGUCUAAUGCUCUGUUGGUCGGCGAGGUGAUUGGUCAGGUCGUCAUUGGCUUGACUUGUGACUAUCUCGGCCGGAAAUGGGCGAUCGUCGCUACGACUCUGAUGAUUCUUGGUAGUGCGGCAAUUGCCCAACUAUCUCCCCACUUCUCUCAAACAGAAGCCAUUCAGCAAUGUACGCAAGCAAUUCCGCAAUCAACGAUUGACCCUGUAAACAUCCACUGCGAUGUUAUUACAGCAGUCAAUUCUCCAUAUAAUGACAAGGAAGCUUCCUUGCCAGUCAAUAUCUGUAUUUGGAAAGCACAAAACGCUGGCCAAUCAUUCACCAAUGUGAAAGAGGCUUGGCUAUCACCUAUCCCAGAAAGCCUCGCAACUAUUGACGGAUCAAGUCCUGCAGGUGCUGCAGUCCCUGUCUUGUACCACAGUAUCAGCCAGGAAUUGAGAAGUGGGAGGUCAAUUUCAUCAACUCCAUAUCACGUCAAAAUAGAGUCAUGGUAUGCAGCCGGAGGCAGUAACAACGUCCCUGUAUCUUGGAAAACAUCUACGAUGCAGGUUUCAGUCAAUGGAACUAGGAUACUAGUGCACAUUGCUCUGCCUUCUGUCGAUCCUCAUACCGCUGUGGGACAGGUUGAUAUUAGCCAACCCAUCUUUUGCCACAUUCCUGCGAUCGGCACAUACAUCGAGUUUAAGCGCGAUACCUUGCUUUCGUUUGCCGAGAGCACCCGCUCGGUCGCCAAGUCUAAGGAUGGCUCCGAGGAGAAAACAAUGGUUGCGCCAAUGCCUUGUAAGGUGCUUUCGGUCUUGAAGAACAAUGGCGACGAAGUCAAGGCCGGAGAAGCAGUGAUGCUCAUUGAGAGUAUGAAGAUGGAGGUGAGCAUUGCGGUAUCAACAGCAGGGAAAUUCGAGACUACUAGGAAGAAGGGCGAGGCGGUCGAAGAAGGCAAGGUCCUUUGCUCUGUGACUUGA